GAAUGGAAAUGAAAAAGCCACGAAAGGGUAACAAGACAGUGGGAAGGAGACAGGUACUUUGCCACUCUUUUUUUUUCCUCAUCCCUUGCUAAAACCAAAAGCAAAAGCGAUCCUCCGUGAACGCAACCACACCCGAACAUGCCACCGGAAGACAACCAGAUUCCUUUGUUAUCUGACCAGGACUCCGACCAGGAUGUCGCGUAUGAGUCCGGUGAAAAAGUCCACAUCGUCGGGAUCAAUGAACUGGACGAGGAAGGCUCAUUGGUUGUCCCACCCUUUUCCUGGAAAAAGCUAUGGCUUUUCACUGGACCGGGUUUUUUAAUGUCAAUAGCGUUUUUGGAUCCUGGGAAUUUAGAAGGGGAUCUUCAAGCGGGAGCUACAGCUGGUUACUCCCUGCUGUGGCUGUUGAUGUGGGCUACUGCUAUGGGGUUGUUGGUUCAGCUGUUGGCGGCUAGGCUUGGUGUGGCGACGGGGAGACACUUGGCUGAGCUGUGUAGAGAAGAGUAUCCGACUUGGGCUCGGAUGGUCUUAUGGGUAAUGGCAGAGAUGGCUUUGAUUGGAGCUGAUAUCCAGGAAGUGAUUGGUAGUGCCAUUGCUAUUAAGAUUUUGAGUAAUGGUGCUUUGCCUUUGUGGGCUGGUGUGGUUAUUACAGCUUGUGAUUGUUUUAUCUUCUUGUUUCUUGAAAACUAUGGAGUGAGGAAGCUGGAAGCAUUUUUUGCAGUCCUCAUUGCAACUAUGGCAGCCUCAUUUGCUUGGAUGUUCGGUGAAACAAUACCCAGUGGCACCGAACUUCUUCUUGGUAUUUUGGUUCCAAAACUAAGCUCUAAAACCAUACGGCAGGCGGUGGGAGUUGUGGGCUGCAUUAUCAUGCCUCACAACGUAUUCUUGCACUCUGCUCUUGUGCAAUCACGAGAAAUUGAUCGCAGCAAGAAAGGCCGGGUGCAAGAAGCUCUCAAUUAUUACUCAAUAGAGUCCACUGUGGCACUUAUAAUUUCCUUUAUAAUUAAUCUGUUUGUUACGACUGUCUUUGCCAAGGCAUUUUAUGGUACAAAACUAGCCAGUAGUAUUGGCCUUGUGAAUGCAGGGCAGUAUCUUCAAGAAAAAUAUGGAGGUGGAUUAUUCCCGAUUUUAUAUAUAUGGGGAAUUGGAUUGUUAGCAGCUGGACAAAGUAGCACAAUUACUGGCACUUAUGCCGGACAGUUUAUCAUGGGAGGUUUCCUAAACCUGAGAUUGAAAAAAUGGCUAAGAGCAUUAAUCACAAGGAGUUUUGCAAUUAUUCCUACUAUUAUAGUUGCUCUUAUUUUUGAUACUUCUGAAGCAGCGCUAGAUGUCUUAAAUGAAUGGCUUAAUGUGCUUCAGUCAAUUCAGAUCCCUUUUGCUCUUAUCCCACUUCUUUGUCUGGUAUCCAAGGAGCAAAUCAUGGGGACCUUCAAAAUUGGCCUUGUGCUCAAGACAGUUGCAUGGCUUGUGGCUGCGAUGGUGAUAGUUAUUAAUGGAUAUCUUUUGCUUUACUUCUUCUCUUCCGAAGUCACUGGUGUAAUGUUCACAAGUGUAGUGUGUGCAUUUAUGGGUGCAUAUCUCACCUUUAUAAUAUACCUUGUUUCUCGGGGUUUUACUUUAUCUGCUUGGCACUGUUCGGUACCCUCUAAACAGACACAGGGAAUUGAGUGAUCAGUCUUGGACACGAGAUCAGAAGCAGGAAAUGCUUACUGCCAAUUGUUUUAGGUUAGGGACCAUCAAACUCUAUUUUUCACAGAUCUCAAGUCCUCUAGUUUAAAGUAAUCCUUUUUGCGAAUGGAUACUUAUAGGGACUUUACGGACAAAGUUCAUUUUAGUAGCUUAUUUUGUCUCAAUUAUUGUUUCAAACAACGCAGUUGUUUAGGUUCCAUAUUAUCGUUGAAGAAUGUAUUUAUCAUAUCCUGCUGUAUACAGAGGAUUGGAGAGAGCGAUGCCCUAAAUAUAACAUUCUUUUGAAACAUUUGGAGGAGCCAAACUAUGUUAUUCCAUAAUGUACCUGAAAUUUUGUUCAAGCUGGCUAUAUGUGAACCAGCUUUGAACAAACAUGUAAUUCUAUUGAUUUACUGAUGGAUUUGCUAUAUUUUUAGCAUUCUUUUAAUCUUGAACUUUUACCUUUCCUUGUUCUUUACCGUUGACACAUGCUAAUUUCACCAGUAAUUUGUGGCAAAUGGCAAUCCAAGGAAGCUAAAACUGGAAACUGAGGUGGGGAGCCUGGGAGUUACGGAAAUUU